AUGUAGAGGAGGUGGGGGGAGGGAGGGGGCGCAACUAUAUAGGACUGUCUUUGAAGGCUGGUGGUCAGUGGAGACGAAAGAUAAGAAAAAGAAUGUCAUCAUUUUAAUGCUGUAAUACAGAGGAGAUCAGAGAAAUCAAUAACAGGGUGAGAGGCCCCCGCCCCCCGAGUUGUUUCUCUGUGAUCUGCAGAUGGGGUAAAAACAUUAGUUUUGAUUUUUGGGGCCAAUUUUCCUAAAAGCCCCCUCAGAAAUGAUCAUGUAGAGGUCAUGACGGCAGCACAGGCUGGCUCAGAAGAGACAGCAAUGCUGUACCACGUGGGCUGUACCACGUGGGCUGUACCACAUGGGCUGUACCUCUUCCCUUUUAAAUGCAGCCUGUGGCCUAGAUGUAAAACAAAGGGGGCAGCAGUGGUCCCUGGGGACUCGUUCCACUCUCGAAGGGCUCCUGCUUUUACAACUUCCUCUUGUGUUUCCUGUUUUAUUUUGAAGUUCCAGUUGUACUUCCUCUAUCCUUCUCUCUCACUGAUUGCUGCCUGAUGUCUUUCACCUGUGUCCAAUCAGUUUCACCUGCUGCCACUGCAGCCAUGUGUUUCUUUUCCUCUUCCACUACUACAGUACUUGGAGUACUUGUACCUGGUACUUCAUGUCAUUAAGUCUGUGUACCUGCUCCAUGGAAACGUUUCCUCUGUUUAGAGACGAGGAUUACCGACAACUGCCGAAGUCGUGCACGGUCGGAGCUGCUGAUGCUGCUGUGACAGAAGAGCGGCGGACCUUCAGGAGGCAGAACUCUGCUGUUACCGGGAUCAGUGAACACACUCUGAGGCAGGAAGGAGCACCAGCCCCGGGCAGCUGAGAGGAGGAUUUACCCCACCCAGCUCACACUGCCCCCGCAGCCUUUCUGCCCUUUCAGUCAGAGGAUUAAGAACCUUGAUUGUUGCGGGACUGGACUGGUGGAAGUGAGGGGAGGAGAGGAGACUGACUCCUGGCUUAAGUCUGAGGAGGAGUGAGGAGGACCUUCACUGCUCUCCUGCUCCACAGCUUCUUCUGCGGGGAUGCCAGCCUCCAGAGGAGCCUAGAACAUGGAAGACGGUGUCAGCGGAAAUCCUUCAGGAACAAUCAAAUGUGAAAGGCUGUGACACCUGUCAAUCAAGAAGACACUUGUACGGUGGUGUGUUCCUGAGCAGACAAAGACGUCCCCACCCCCUGCUCUCUGGAGGGGUGAGGGGCGGAGCCAGUCCUACCUUACCUGUGCUGGGUCAAACCCCUCUGCCUCCCACACCAAAGCAGCGCUGCACCCCCUUCCUCCUCCCACCCUCCUCCCCUCAGCCUCCAGCUGAAACCCUACACCUCUGACAUCAUGCACAGAGACAUUGGCUGCUGCUCGGCCGGCCCGGCGCUCACAGGGUUGCGGGCUCUUCUCUGCACUUCCCUCUCAGGAGAGAGCUCUGCAACUCGGAUCGGCGCUCUCUGAAAACCACAAGGAGCUCAUCUGUGUUUGGAUCAAUCGCUGCUGCUGCUGCUGCUGCUGCUGCUGCUGCUGCUGCUGCUGCUGCUGCGGGGCUGAGGAAGCCUCCACCUGUGGCUGACCCCAGCGACUGCACGCCUCCCUCCAGGCUCAGUCAUCCACUGACUUGGAGGGGGGAAUUAUUUCACGGGCUUUAUUGAGGAAUUGUUCUGUCACUUCUGAAGAGAGAAGGAAAAAAAAAAGAAGAGAAAAGGCGCUGAAAGGAGCGCCGGCAUUAAAUCUCCUCAGGAUACGGAUUUAUUUUCUCCACGGAGAUGGACGCAGGUGGCGCUCUAUGAUUGCCUGAGUUUUUUGCCAAUCAGACGCGACAUGGACCUCAGACUAAAAUGGCUGUCGCCUCUCACCAGGGGAGCUCUUCAUCUCCUGCUGCUGGUCAGGCUGGUGUCGCCAUCUCAUUCAGAGAGCAUGCCCAGCUUCAUCAAGUCCCCCGACGAUCAGACCGGGAUAUCAGGCGGAGUGGCAUCCUUCGUGUGCCAGGCAGAGGGCGAGCCCAAACCUCGCAUCACCUGGAUGAAGAAGGGGAAGAAAGUCAGCUCUCAGCGCUUUGAGGUGAUCGAGUUUGACGACGGCUCCGGCUCAGUGCUGCGGAUCCAGCCUUUGAGGACUCACCGGGAUGAAGCCAUCUAUGAAUGUACAGCCACCAACAGUGUAGGGGAGAUCAACACCAGUGCCAAGCUCACCGUCCUGGAAGAGGACCAGAUCCCCCACGGUUUCCCCUCCAUCGACAUGGGCCCCCAGCUGAAGGUGGUGGAGAGAACCCGUACGGCCACCAUGCUGUGUGCAGCCAGUGGAAACCCCGACCCAGAGAUCUUCUGGUUCAAGGACUUCCUGCCUGUGGACAUCGGCAGCAGCAAUGGACGCAUAAAACAGCUGCGGUCAGGAGCUCUUCAGAUUGAGAACAGUGAGGAGUCCGACCAGGGCAAGUACGAGUGUGUGGCAAUCAACAGCGCCGGGACCCGCUACUCUGCCCCUGCUAACCUUUAUGUUCGAGUCCGACGAGUGCCUCCCCGUUUCUCCAUCCCUCCCACCAACCACGAGGUAAUGCCCGGCGGCAGCGUCAACUUGACCUGCGUGGCGGUUGGCGCGCCCAUGCCUUACGUCAAGUGGAUGACUGGCGAAGUGGAGCUGACCCGGGAGGAGGAGAUGCCCAUCGGCCGCAACGUCCUGGAGCUCACCAACAUCCGACAGUCGGCCAACUACACCUGUGUGGCCAUGUCCUCUCUGGGCAUCAUCGACACCACGGCGCAGAUCAUCGUCAAAGCGCUGCCAAAACCACCGUCCUCCCUCAUCGUGACAGAAACCACAGCAACCAGCGUCACCCUGACCUGGGACUCCGGGAACCCAGAACCCGUGUCGUACUUUGUGAUUCAGUACCGAGCCAAGCUGUCGGACAAUGGUUUCCAGGAAGUAGACGGAGUGGCCACCACCAGGUACAGCAUCGGUGGUCUCAGCCCCUUCUCCGAAUAUGAAUUCCGCGUCCUGGCCGUCAACAACGUGGGCCGCGGACCGCACAGUGGUAUCGUGGACACUCGUACGAGUGAGCAGGCGCCGUCGUCGCCCCCUCUCCACGUCCAGGCCCGCAUGCUGAGCUCCAAGACCAUGCUGGUCCACUGGGAGCCUCCGGAGGAGCCCAACGGACAAAUCCGAGGGUACCGAGUGUACUACAGCUCGGACCAGGACGCCCCGCUCAGCGCCUGGCAGAAACACAACACAGAUGACAGCCACCUCACCACCAUCUCAGGCCUGAUCACAGACAUCACCUACAGCCUGAGGGUGUUGGCGUUCACCUCUGUGGGAGACGGGCCGCCCUCUGAAGUGGUGCAGAUCAAAACCACACAGGGAGUUCCUGCUCAGCCGUCGGGGUUCGAGGCCGAGGCGGAGCUGGACUCACGCAUCAUGUUGUCGUGGCUGUGGCCGGUCCUGGACACAGUCACUGGGUUUGAGCUGCUGUACUGGGAGGCCAACAGUCCCACAGACAAGCUUCGAUUGACUUUCGGUCCAGCGGGGUCUUACGCCGUUGAUGGUUUGAAACCGGACACCAUCUAUGUGUUUUCUUUGGCUGCGAGAUCAGACAUGGGUCUAGGGGUCUUCACCAAACCCGUGGAGGCCAGAACUGCCCAGUCCACCCCUUCAGCUCCUCCCCAGGACGUGCGUUUGCUCAGCCUCAGCUCCACCAGCAUCAAGGUGAGCUGGGUGGCACCACCCAAAGACAGCCACCAUGGGGAGAUAGUGAGCUACUCCCUGGCCUACCAGGCAGUCGCAGGAGAGGACACGGAGCGCCACCUGGUGUCAGGAAUUGCUCCGACUGAAACCAGCUACACGCUGACGGACCUGGAGAAGUGGACGGAGUAUAUGGUGUGGGUGGGGGCUCACACUGAUGUUGGGGCCGGUCCAGAGAGCCCAGAGGUCCGGUGGCGAACCUUGGAGGAUGUGCCCGGAGCUCCUCCCAGGAAGGUGGAGGCCGACCCUGUCAACUCCACCACCAUCAGAGUGACCUGGAAGCCCCCCCUGACUGUGAAGCAGCACGGGCAGAUCAGAGGCUACCAGGUGGUCUACUCCAGACUGGAGAACGGAGAUGCCCACGGUCAGCCGGUCAUUGUGGACGUGGCCCUGCCUGACGCUCAGGAGGCCAUUAUCCCAGGUCUGCUCCCGGAGACGACCUACUCCCUGACUGUAGCUGCGUACACCACCAAAGGGGACGGAGCGCGCAGCAAAGCCAAGGUGGUCACCACCACGGGAGCAGUCCCGGCUAAACCCACCAUGAUGAUCAGCACCACCAUCGGGAACACGGCCUUGAUCCAGUGGCAGCCUCCUAAAGAGAUGGUGGGGGAGCAUGUGGGAUACCAGCUGCAGUACAAAAGAACUGAGGAGACCACGUUCACCGUCAAGGACUUCAGAAAGACCGACGACCACUUCACAGUCACCGGCCUCCACAAGGGCGCCACCUACAUCUUCAAACUGUGCGCCAAAAACCGAGCAGGCAACGGCGAGGAGUACGUGAAGGAGAUCAGCACCCCCGAGGACACCCCCAGCAGUUACCCUCUGAAUCUGAGUGUGGUGGGGCUGACCGCCACCUCCACCCAGCUGGCCUGGGACCCUCCACCUGUGGCUGAGAGGAACGGGAAGAUGGUAAAGUAUCUGGUGGUGUACCGUGACAUCAACAGCCUGCACAACAACACCAACAGCACCACAGAGACACGGAUGACCAUCCAGGACCUGCAGCCGGACACCACCUAUGACAUCAGAGUCCAAGCCUUUACCAGCAAAGGUGGAGGUCCUAUCAGCCCCAGCAUCCAGAGCAGGACCAUGUCCACCUCCAUGCCAGUUUUUACCAAAAACUUUGGAGUGAAGGCCGUGACGAAGACCUCCGUCCUGCUGACCUGGGAGGUUCCUGAGUCCUACAAGUCCCAAGCUCCUCUCAAGAUCCUCUACAACCAGCAGAGUGUGGAGGUCCAGGGCAGCCUGAAGAGGAGCCUCAUCACUCAGCUGCAGCCUGACACCGAAUACUCCUUCGUGCUGAUGAGCCGGGGCAACAGUGCUGGGGGGCUCCAGCAGCAGGUCUCCAUCAGAACUGCCCCAGACCUGCUGAAGACCAAACCUGCCGUGUUCCAGCAGGACACGGAGGAGGGGGGGAAAGUGACCAUCAGUCUGCCCAGGAUGACUGACGGGACGUCUGUCAGGUGGUACUACAUCGUGGUGGUCCCUGUCGUCUCAGCUGCCCAAAACAAAUGGGAGACGCCAGAAGACAUGGACAUAGAGGAGCUCCUGGAGGCCGGCGCUGGGAACGGUCAGCACAGGAGGAGGAGACGGAGCCAGGACCUGCCACAGCCGUACAUCGCUGCCAAGCUGGACACGGUGCCUGACAUCUUCAUUCUGGGCGAUGAGAGGAAGUACAACGGAUUCUACAACAAAGCACUCAUUGGUCAACAGCAGUACCGCUGCUUUGUGCUGGCUGACCUGUCGGACCACGAGUCGCAGAGGACAUUUGCAGCCAGUCCCUUCUCUGAGCCAAUCAUGGUGAAGCUCCACAGUGGGAUGACUCGUCAGACUGAGGAGCCGGAGAUGCUGUGGGUCAUGGGUCCAGUCCUGGCGGUCAUUCUCAUCAUCAUCAUAGUCAUUGCUAUUCUUCUCUUCAAGAGCAAACAGGAAAGGAAGAGAACGUCUCCAGCCAAGGACGAGCACAUGGUGGGGGUGAAGGACUCACUGUUGGCCCACUCUUCAGAUCCUGUGGAGAUGAGGAGACUCAACUACCAGACACAAGGUUCCAGUGUCCUCAGUUGCCCGAACACAACAAGGAUGCGGGAACAUCCUCCCAUCGCUGUCUGUGACCUGGCUGACCACAUCGAGCGGCUCAAAGCUAACGACGCCCUGCGCUUCUCUCAGGAGUACGAGUCCAUCGAUCCUGGACAGCAGUUCACCUGGGAGCACUCCAACCUGGAGGUCAACAAGCCCAAGAACCGCUAUGCAAAUGUGAUCGCCUACGACCACUCCAGGGUCAUCCUCACGCCGGUGGACGGAGUUCCGGGCAGUGACUACAUCAACGGGAACUACAUCGAUGGCUACAGGAAGCAGAACGCUUACAUCGCCACCCAGGGGCCGCUGCCGGAGACGCUGACCGACUUCUGGAGGAUGGUGUGGGAGCAGAGAACCUGCACCAUCGUUAUGAUGACCAGGCUGGAGGAGAAAUCACGGGUGAAGUGUGACCAGUACUGGCCCAGUCGAGGCACCGAGACAUACGGGAUGAUUCAGGUGACCAUGCUGGACACUGUGGAGUUGGCCACGUACAACGUGCGCACCUUCGCCCUCUAUAAGAACGGUUCCAGUGAGAAGAGGGAGGUCCGACAGUUCCAGUUCAUGGCCUGGCCUGAUCAUGGAGUCCCGGAAUAUGCCACUCCCACGUUGGCUUUCCUACGCAGAGUCAAGGCCUGUAACCCCCCAGACGCUGGGCCCAUGGUGGUCCACUGCAGCGCCGGUGUCGGCCGCACAGGCUGCUUCGUCGUCAUAGAAGCCAUGCUGGAGAGGAUGAAGCACGAGAAGUCAGUGGACAUUUACGGCCAUGUGACGUGCAUGCGAGCUCAGAGGAACUACAUGGUGCAGACGGAGGAGCAGUACAUCUUCAUCCACGAAGCCCUGCUAGAAGCUGCAGCCUGUGGCAACACAGAAGUCCCCGCCCGGAACCUCUACGCCCACAUCCAGAAGCUCAGCCAGGUCCCUCCAGGAGAGAGCGUCACCACCAUGGAACUGGAGUUUAAGAGACUGGCCAACUCUAAAGCACAUACCUCAAGAUUCAUCAGUGCCAACCUGCCGUGCAACAAAUUCAAGAACCGCCUGGUGAACAUCAUGCCUUUCGAGUCCACCCGCGUCUGCCUGCAGCCAAUCCGAGGGGUGGAGGGCUCCGACUACAUCAAUGCCAGCUUCCUUGAUGGAUAUAGGCAGCAGAGGGCGUACAUAGCCACCCAGGGCCCGCUGUCCGAGACCACGGAGGACUUCUGGAGAAUGCUGUGGGAACACAACUCCACCAUCGUGGUCAUGCUCACCAAGCUCAGAGAGAUGGGACGGGAAAAGUGCCACCAGUAUUGGCCCGCUGAACGUUCGGCUCGUUACCAGUACUUCGUGGUGGAUCCCAUGGCUGAGUACAACAUGCCGCAGUACAUCCUGAGAGAGUUCAAGGUCACGGACGCCAGGGACGGACAGUCAAGGACCAUCAGACAAUUUCAGUUCACCGACUGGCCAGAGCAGGGAGUGCCAAAAACUGGGGAGGGAUUCAUUGACUUCAUUGGUCAGGUCCACAAAACCAAGGAGCAGUUUGGACAAGACGGACCAAUCACUGUGCACUGCAGUGCUGGUGUUGGUCGCACCGGUGUGUUCAUCACCCUGAGCAUUGUCCUGGAGAGGAUGAGGUACGAGGGCGUGGUCGACCUUUUCCAAACCGUCAAGACACUCAGAACUCAGAGGCCGGCCAUGGUGCAGACAGAGGACCAGUAUCAACUGUGCUACCGGGCUUCUCUGGAGUACCUGGGAAGCUUCGAUCACUAUGCAACAUAACCUCCACCCAACCUCCUCCACCCAGGCCGACAGAAGCCCACAGAAGAACCCGGUGUCUCCUCUGAGCCAUAUCUACUCUGCUCCAUCAGCCCGUGUGGCUUGAUGAGGAGGGGCCGUGGAGAGGAGAGUCAAACGGGGGAGACACCUAGGAGGGGAGGAGAGGAAACAGAACAGAACAGAUCGCCCCCUACUGGACUGAUUCCAUUAUCCUGCCACAGAAAUGACACCAAAACCUCAUUUUAAAAAAGAAAAGAGAAAAGAAAACUCCUGGUCUCGCUUUAUCCUCCCUCCGCCUUCCUGAUUUCACCUUCUCCUUACAGCACAAACACAUUUAUUUUCUGCAUUUAUAUUCAUUAUGCUGUCAAAAUAUAUAUUUAGAAUUUAUUUUGUAUUCAUUCACACUGGUUUAUUAUACGUCUUAAUGGGUCUUUUUAUUAUUAUUUGUUUAUUCCUAUGUUAUUUUUUUAGCACUAAGAACAUGUAUUUUCAACAUGUUAUUAUUAAUACUGCAGAGCUUAUACUCACAGCUGCUAAUCAUUUUAUUUUUUACCAUAGAUAUAUAUGAUAUAGUCUGACAGUAACAAUACUCCACUGGCUCCUGUCAGGAGGAAACGUGGCUUCAACGUUAACGUCUCUACGUCCGACCCAGCGGUGAUGGUUCGGAUGAAAUAAAUCUUUGGUUGUUAACCCAAAAAGACUGCCGAUGCCUACGACAUCUCAGUAUAAGCAUGUACAGACCUAAAUGUCCUCUACAGAUCGAAGACAGGAGAACAGCGAUGAUGAUGGAACCACGCAGCUUACAAAGCACUGCAUGGAGGGGAAAAAGAAAAAAAUACACAGGAUACUCUAAAGAUACGAUGAGAUAUUUUCUGAACAUCAAUCAAGACUCAAAGCUGAACGUUAGCCUCGUCUGUACAUGAGGAGGAUUUGACUAAACUCUCAUGUCUGUGAACUAAUCCUGUGAAAUCUCUCUGACUUUCUGAUGUCUUAACCUAAGUGUCUGUCUGUCAGAACUCCAGCAAAAACCAGUGAACAGAGUUCCAAACACACAUCACAGAUACGUAAAACAAUGACACGUGGUUCUGUUUUUUAAUGCCAAACAGCAAAGGACAAAGUUACAGGUUUUAGCCCCGCUGCCAGAUGGUAGUUUAAUGCUGGUUUAAUACUGACCAGCAUUAAAUUAGAGUUGCAUCAUAACUCUGUCAUCAACCAAUGAGUCUAACAGGUUCAGAGCUUCAAAUCAUGUCUUUACAUAAACUUUAUACCCAAUCUAAGCAACAAAAAAAAAAAACAACCUCUUUCUUCACCAGAAGGUCACUGGCUCCUAUCCCAUUUUUUUUCCAAGACAAAAAUGUGAAGUUUGCAUGUUCCUGUGUGUGCUCGCUUCUUUAUUUUUGGGUACUUUUUUGUGUUGCAUAUUCCAAAACAUGCAUAUUGGAUUUAUUGAAGACAUUCAAUCUGACAGCAGGUGUUAGUGUGAAUGUUGACCUCCCCGUGAUGCUCUCCAUCUUUGGUCUGAUGUCAGCAGGGAUUGACCUCUUUGCCUUUAGCAGCCCUUCACACAGGCCCCAGAUUUAAACAGUUGGCAGGAAAGGCCGAAGAGUUGGCAGGAAAACAUUGGCAGGAAAAUUAUGUUACACAUUGUAACAGCUUAUAACUGACUGAAAGUUCCAACCUUUGAGUGAAGCAGCUUCACACAGAACUAAAUCAAUUAGACAAAUUUCUUCACUCAUUUUCCAGCACAUGUAGCCUCAGACAGGCUGUGAUGGCUAAAAACAAAUACUUGGACUUUUUCUGAGCUCUAACAUAACAUUUAAUGUACAAUUCAGUUCAUAUUUAGCAACAAAAUCUAAUGACUGUCACUGAGUUCAUACCAAAAAAAAAGAUUGACUGCAUAUUUUAUGAGAAAAGACAGGCGUUGUUAAAAAGGUGUUUAAAAUGCCCAAAUUUGUUUAAAGUUAGCCCCUGUAGGCCAGUGGUGGUACUACAACCAAAACUGCUUUCCUGUAAGGUUUCAAAAAACUGCAAUUGGUUGAAACGGAGAAGUUUUCACAUUUAUUCUCAGUCUUUAUCCCAGAUUUAGAAGGAUGACAUGUUUACCAGGUUGAAUGUGCAACUAGAAAGUCCAAAUUAACAUGCUGAAGCUAAAAUAGAUGUCGGAGGUGACUUUAUUAAUUACAACCUUCUGUUUACAUUCAUGUCUUCACUGAGACAUGACACCAAGCAGGUUUGCUGAAUCUUACUGGAGUUAAAGUCAUUUAUCAUCUCAAACACAUGUGUUGGGGAUGGAGAUACUGGUUUUCACUGGACGAGAUGAAGUGGAUUGGGAAGAGGUAGAGAUGUGGUAUAUUGGUCCUAUCUGUUGUAUACAUGAUCUGUUUUCUAUUUGUUAAUUAAAAAAAGACAGACAAGGUCUUGAAUAUCUUGAUGUUAAUAAAGUUGAAAACUUGGGUUUAUAAUAAGAA